AAUUUUAAAAAUUUACAGUGACGUUGUAUUUGUGUGGAACACUGCACUGUGCGCCAAUGUUUCAAUCAAGACCUUUUUCAACGUUACACAUAGUAAACACUGUGAACGAGAGGCGGUACAGCGGGGCGAACGUCAACAUUCACGGUGAAAAUGGAAACUUUUAACAUGAGUAUCGUCCACAUGGAGGUUCCAGAAAAAGUAGAACAACAGGACCCCGAGGAACUUGUGCCAAGAAGAGGAGCGGUGUCUGUUGUUUGGAGUGGUCGCAGGAGGUGGCAACACGAGCAAUUUGCUCCACCACUUGAGCCGAAAGCACGUCUCGGAAUAUGAAGAAUGCUUGAAGUUAAGGUCGGCGCCCUCCACGUCGGUAGCGGCGAGCCCCAAAUCCCCCCAAGACUCCUUCGCUAGGUUGAACGCCUACGACAGAAAAAGCAAACGCUGGCUCGACAUCACAAACGCUAUUACCCACCACUUUGCGAAAGACAUGCUUCCGCUUGAUACGGUGGAAAAAGAAGGUUUCAAACAUUUGAUGAAGACGCUGGAUGCUAGGUACGAAGUACCGAGCAGAAAGUACUUCAGCCAAGUCGCACUCCCCAACCUGUACCAGAAGCACCGAGCUAAGCUGGAGAGCGACCUGGCGAGCGUUCGCCUCUUCGCAGCAACGACCGAUGCUUGGUUCAGUCGCACUACCGAGCCUUACUUCAGCGUUGCAGUUCACUUUAUAACUGAUGACUGGGUAUUACAAAGCCAUUGUCUGCAAACCAGUUAUUUCCCGGACGACCAUACGGAAGAGAUACUUGCAGCGGGACUGCAGGAGGCGCUUGAUUCCUGGGGGCUGUCAGACAAGAAGCUCAUGGCCAUCACCACAGAUAAUGGAGACAAUAUUAAGAAAGCUGUGCAAUUGAAUGGCUGGUUGGGACUCCAGUGCUUUGGUCACAGACUUCAACUAGCUAUAGAGAGAGGUUUAAAAGACGACAGCAUACAAUGUGCCAUCGGCGUGUGCAAAAAAAUAGUGUCAGCCUUCUCAUGCUCAAGUAAAAAAAAGAGGGACCUGGCCAUUGUUCAGAACUAUCUGGGGCUUCCUAACCACGGUCUGACAACAGAGACGCCUACCAGGUGGGGCUCACGCCAGAUGAUGAUGCAAAGAGUGCUCGAGCAAGAGAGGGCCAUUAGUCACGUUCUGAAAGACGACAAGAAAUCAAGGCACUUGGUCCCGGGAUGGCAAGACGUGGACAUUCUCGAGGCCGUCAACAAGGUGUUGAGCCCGCUUCAGGACUUCACGGACGCUUUAUCGGGAGAGCAGUACGUCAGCGUCUCCUACCUCAAGCCGGUGCUCAAUCUCUUCAACACAUCAAUUCUUGCCGAGGACGAGAGCGACACACAGCUGACAAAAGACGUGAAGAGAAACAUCCUUGCCGAUUUGAACGAUAGUUAUUCGGACCCGGUCACGGAUGAACUGCUUGACCUGGCAUCUCUUCUGGAUCCACGCUUUAGAACCAAGUAUACAGAUGAAGAAAAGGUGGAGCGGGUUCUGUCGAGAGCGGUCGAAGAGAUGGUGUCACUAAUGAAGACCGAACAGGACACUUUCCCAGGCGCGGUUGGUGCCGAAGCAGAACAAGAACCCGAUCCACCUCCGAAAGUGAAAAGAAAAAAGACAUUGGCCAGCUUUUUCAAAAAACAGAGCAGCACAAUGUCAGAAGAGGAAAGCGCCAGGAAGGAGCUGACUGUCUACCUACAAACCACCGAGGUGGAGAGUGACGCCGACCCUUUGGACUGGUGGAGAUGCCAUCAGACAAAUUUCCCUCGCGUUGCCAAGCUGGCGCGGCAGUACUUAUGCAUCCCCGCCACCAGCGCUCCGUCAGAGCGAGUGUUCAGCACCGACGGCAAUGUCGUCCCUUGUCAAAGGGCCGCACUCAAACCAGAUGCUGUGGAUCGCCUGGUUUUCCUGGCUCAAAAUUUGUAAACAUGACCCAUGAAGUAGCACCCUUCAAGUGCUGUGCAAUAUCAUAUUUGUUAGGCUUUUAACAAAACAGUUUUAAUAAAUAAGAGUUAAUUUAUUCAUUGACAGCAAUAGUCGUCUAAUCCAUUGGAAGUGGACGGGUUGGCAGCGAUUGAACAGCCGUUCAUUCGUAGCCGCCCUCGUACUUCAAAUGGAUUGGACGUCUAGUAGUGAUAAACUCAUUUAAAUUCACAGCAGAAGAGCAGUUUUUUGCUGCACUGUGGUUGUGCUGCUCCUGCUGGUGUGUCCAUCCUGACCACUGAGGGGCAGUAUUAUACAGUCAGUACAUAAAAUAUUUUCCUCUCUCAUUCAUAAUGUGUAUUGUUUUGAUGUGGUUUGUUGUAUUAGCUCUGCGACACUUGAAGCCAUUUUUAAAAAGUAUCAUGUCUCAGUACAUUUAUUCCUAAAUGUAAAAAUAAGGACGUUUGAGGCAAUUUUGAUGUGUUUUAUGUACUUUAUAAUGUUUUGGUAGAUGUUCACUACUGAUUGCAAAGCAGUACUUUCAAAGGAAGUAAUAAUGUAGUUUGCAUUAUUAUUUUCACUUUUUUUUUAAAUAUGUGUACAGUAUAUACAGUAUACAACUUGAAGUAAGUUAAAACUUUUUCUAUAAAAACUAUUUCCUAUGAAAGUUUUGUUUGUUUCACUCCUUUCUGUGUUGGUUUAUUAAACAGGUUUGGGAAAACUGUGUCAUAGACUUAUCAUAAUGAUAUUGACAGAGCGCGGGGCCGAUUAAUAGGGGGCCUAUCUCCGUCAAAGCUGACUGAGUGGAAACAAGACAAAGAGCCUUUUACGUUGAAAAUUCGUCUUGAUUCUUGGUUGAAAGCAAAAAAAAAAAAACGGUUCACAUUUAUUUUAUGUGGCUAUGUCAAAUGUGCUGAUAGUCUUUAAGUCACUGUGGUGCCGCAAUUUCACCAUAAAGAGCUUUUUACGUUGAAAUUCUUG